CAAGAAGCAAUAUUUUGCCUUGUUGACGUAAUAUAUGUCCAUGAACUUGUUUUAUUUAUUUUAUCUUUAUUUAUUCGUCGGUGAGAGGAAUCGGUGGAAGGAGAAAUAACUAGAACAGGUCCAUGAGCGUAGUUGAAAUGCACAUUGCAUGCCGUUACAUGAGGUAUGCACGUCUCCUCGCCCUCCUCACAAGAUGCUUGACAUGACGCAUUCGGUUUUUUCACGUGGCACAUGUAUUUCGAGAAAAAUCUUUUGUUCGCUUGCGUGGUUGGACAUGGUUCUUGUAACUGCCCAUACUUUUUGAUCGUGGGGACAACGUACACGUUGUCCCUGUUCUUCUUUUACCUCUUUUAUCGAGAAGAAUGGCGUAGGGGCCUACUCCCACAAGCCCAGAACUAUAUAUUGAAGGAAAGAAGGAAGGAAGGACGCAUUCGGUUGAAAUUGGAGUCGCGCGCUUAGGUGGGAGGGCUCUCUGGAGAUUGUAACAUGUCCAAGAACAAGCACAAAGUCGACAACGGCAUUGUCGCCGUCAAGAGCAAGUUUGAUGCCGACAUCAUCAGGUUUUCUAUUAAUCGUGACGAGCCUAUGAGUUAUGAGGAUUUUGGCAAGUUAUUGGCACAACGACAUGACAUCGGGCCUGAUAUAAACUUUCUUAUUUGGUAUACGGAUCCUACAGAUGGAGAUCUGCUGUCUAUUAAUAAUGAUAACAAUCUGGCUAGGGCUUUGCUAGCUAGCAAACCAUUGCUCAGAAUUUUUACUCAGAGGAAAGGUGACAGAUUAGAGGAUAUCAACGCAUAUGGUACAAUGAAAACCAAAAAUUUGAUAUCUAGUAUUUUGGGUAGUACACCAGGCAAGCCAAAGCCAUUAGCUAUCUCUAAUCCACAUGAUUUUAGGCAGGUGAUGUCUGUAAUCAUUGAUGUCGAUAUACUGCCAGAAACUUGUCGACGUGUACGUCUUUUAAAACAUGGCUCAGACAAACCCUUGGGAUUUUACAUCAAGGAUGGUGAAAGUUUUCGUAUAUUGACACCAUCUGCUGGUGGUGGAAUCGAGAAGGUACCAGGUGUAUUCAUUAGCAGACUGGUACCAGGUGGCUUGGUAGAAAGCACAGGUCUUUUAGCAGUCAAUGAUGAAGUUUUAGAAGUGAAUGGUAUUGAAAUUGCUGGGAAAACACUCGAUCAGAUGACCUCGUCGCGGCUCAUUUUCACGUAAGAGCCAAUUAUCGUCCGAGAGCCGUCAAUCUACACAAAGCGCCGGCACUUCAGCCACGAUCAAGGUGUGCUGCAUCUCUAAGACGACGACGAUGAUUGAUUGUACCGAAUUAAGUGCUCAAUUUAACCCUUUCGCUGCGGCGCGCUUUCAUCGAAAACCGUCCACUGGGUGUGCUGAGCGAUAUUCGCGUUUUAAAAUUUUUACGUACUAAUGUAUGCAGAUUCUACAUCAAUGCAUAUAUAAAGUUUUUCAAGUUGUAUGUAAACGCUUUGCUGUCUGCAAAUGAGAGGCUACUUUUUGAGGGCGUAUAUACAUGGCUUCCUCAGCGCAAGGGUUAAUAACGUCCGCUGUGUUUGCUCGUGAGAGAGAGAGAGAGAGAGGGAGA